GAGAGUCUGCACCUGUCAACACUGUCGAACUCGCGUAACAACAAGCCUCAAAGCUCAGGCUUAGAAAGCGCAGUAACAAUAUCCGUUUCUCCGCCUUGCGGAAAACGACAUCCAGCAACCGCUGGUCCGUGACAUACGCACACGUCGACAACAUGGAGGAAGACUUGCAGAGCGUAGCGCGGCGAGAACUCGGAGAAACGCCAGAAGUGAAACGCGAGUCCUUGGCUCAAUUGCGGGAGCUUCUCGAAGAAGAAGUUGACCUCGUUGUUCCACCAGAUGACGUGCUAGUCAUGUUUCUCCGUUCCAAGAAGUACCGGGUGAAAGAUGCGUUCAAGAUGAUCACAAAGUACUUCCGGGCGCGCAGGGAUGUACCGCAGUACUUCGAUAACCUGACGCCAUCGACAAUUCCGUACGAGACGUUCUUCCAUGACCACAAGCUCAUCAUGUUUGCCAGGGACUCGCAAGGACGAGCAGUGGGCUACCUUAAAUUUGGUGCUUGGAACACCAGCAUCUGCUCCUUGGACGACCUGAUGAGGUGCGCGCUAGUAGCUACGGAAUCCAACCUGCGUGACGAAGAGACACAGAUACGUGGCCUCGUUGCUGUCAUAGAUCUCAAAGGCUUCAGUGCUCACCACUUGCUGCAGAUGACGCCGCGGUACAUGAGGAGGGUCAUCGCCAUUGGACAGGACUCACUCCCGAUCCGGAUAAAGGGAGUCUACUACCUCAACACUCCAGCUGUCUUCAGGAUACUGCACGCAUUUGUCAAGCCAUUCCUCUCGGCAAAAGUGUUGAGCAGGUUGCAGUACCUUGCGGGUGGCAUUUCGGAACUUCGCGGCGUUGUCCCGCCUGAGCUAAUGCCGAAGGAAUUCGGAGGGACACAGGAAGACUUCGACUUCCAGAAACAAGAGAAGUUCUUCCAUAGCAAGGAGGGCUACUUCGAAAAGAUGCUGCAAUGUGGCUAUCAAAGGAAGUGAACGGAACGUUUACACCACGACGACCAAACACUGGUUUUCAAGUGCCAAUGCCGUGCCAAUUUAAACGCAAUCAUUUGCAGCUCACAAGACGUCGUGGAUAUGUAAAUGUGUCAGUCUGCUUGCACUUUUA